GUAGCAUAGCGACCACGGUGGUGCCGAGAUGAAUGCUGGACAACAGACAACAAGGCGAUUGGCCUCGAAAGCGGGUAACUCCGUAUGCCGCUCAUGCAAAGACUCCAUCUCCCGUAGCAGUUAUGCCACAGCAGCCGCUGCUGCUCAGUCCCAGGAUGCGACACAGCAGAAUGUCCCCCCAGUGACAGCCACUUCUCCGGGACAAUCUUACGCAGUGAAUGCUGGCGUCCUUUUAUCUCGCCCGCCUCAAAUAACACGCGACCUCCACCCCUUCGAAUCCGCAUUUUUCCUCUACCAACGCCGUCUGAACGAACGUCUUGCCCUUCCGUUCACGAGAUACUUCUACUUCAAAAAGCGAACACCCGCCGACCUGGAAUGGAAGAGGAAGAUAAAGCAGCGAUUGACCCCUGCCAGAGAUAUUGGAAGAUAUAAGGGCUAUGGCGAGGAGGCUUGGAAUGAUGAGCUUUUGGUUGGUGCCCAGGAGAGCGAAUUCGAACACCAGGUGGAGAGACUACUAGAAGAUGCGGAGCAUGGUGCUGAGCGACCUGGAGAGGGUGAAAAUGCGGACGCCCAGGCCAAUGCUGCUGCUGCAGAAGCCGGGAGACCCACGAAAAAGGUGGAACAUGAAGUGGUGGAACGGCCAAUGCCCAGGAUAACUGAGGCUGACAAGAAGGGUGAUGUCAAAAGCUUAAACCGUGCACUACAAAGAACAUUAUAUCUCCUGGUCAAGGGCAAGGAUGGCAAAUGGACACUCCCACAGGAUGUUAUCGUCCAGAGGGAGACAUUGCGCAUGGCUGCAGAGCGUAUUCUCACCCAAUCUGGCGGUGUUAACAUGAACACAUGGGUACUUGGUAACGCCCCGGUUGGCCACUACCAGCACGACAUUCUUCCUGAAACUCUGAAGACCGCCAAAAACCCGAACAACCUUGGCUCCAAGACGUUCUUCAUGAAGGCUCGUAUCAUGGCCGGUCAGCUUGAUCUCAAGCAGAACACUAUGGGUCUGGCAGACUUCAAGUGGCUCUCCAAGGAGGAAGUCAAAUCAGCAGUCGAGUUCGACUACUGGCGCCAAAUCAAGAACAUGUUGGCUGAGAGGUAGUCGGAUUAUGUAAGAGUCACUGUAGCAUAUUUGGAGUUGUUGUAGACAACACUGUAUAGUAUCUCAAUUGAGCUGCAUUGUUGGAGCUAAUUGUAUAUCAUGAUUGUUAAGAAUUCAAAAAGGGAACAUCUUCCUCUACCACUCU